AUGUGGCGCGUGCAGUGCAAGCUUCCGAGCCGCGUGUCGGACGUGCUUCAGACAGGCAAUGCGGGCAGCGCGCGCGGCGGUCUGGACGCCGAAUGCGGCACCGCGUGGGUGACGCACGAGGGCAGAGUGCACGCGUGGGCGCUCCCAUCGCGCGCCGGCGAUCGUUCCACCGAGGGCGGCGCCGUGCCCGACACGUACGCCGAGUACGACGUCGCUCCCCGAGUGGCCGGGGACACGUCGCCCCCUCUCGUGCACGUCGCCUCCGCGGACGGGGGCGCCACGCUCUGGGUAGUGGCAGCGGGAGCGGCUUCGGGCAAGGUUGCGGUGGCUCGGUGCGACGGCGUCGCCGGGACGAGGGAGGAGAUGGGAGAGGCAAGGCUGCCGCGGCGGGAGAACACGGGCGCCGCACCCUGCGUCACCGCGCUCACGGCGAUGCCGUCGGCGAGGGGCGGGUUGAUCGCCGUCGUCGGGUGCGACCGCGGCGAGCUGUUCCUCGUCGAGUGCGUCGCGCGGGGAACAGUGACGGUGACGGCGAUCAACCGCAGGGACGGCGCGAGCGGCGGCGGCACGCCGGGCGGAGCGUCCACGCCCGGCGGAGGCUCCAACGCGACGUACACCCCGUCCAAGUGGGGCGCGGCGGCGAUGUCGUCGGCGAAGGCUGCGCUGCGCUUCCUCACCGAUCCCCUCGCGGUGGACGCGACGGAGACGGACGAGGAUGCCGUCAGGUCGCUCGCGUGGGCGGGACCCGCGCCGGGCCGGGGCGACGCGACGAGGCUCAUAGCGCUGACCGGUCGACGCCUGGAGGAGUGGGAGGUGGACCGCGACGGGGGCGGAGGUCACGCGCUUGUCGUCUCCAACCGCGCGCUGGGUGCCGUGAUGAGGGCGCUGAGAACGGAGGGGGACGUCGAGCUCAUCUCCGCCGCCCCCGCGCCGGGAGCCGGGGUCGGCGCCGUCGUCGUGCUCGCGGCGGAGGGUCGGCGUUGGUCGCUCCACCGCGCCGAGUUGUGCGCGGGAGGUGGCUCGCUCGCCGUCCUGGCAUCCGCGGUGCCCGCCGCGGGAGCCGUCCCGAGCGGCGGGGGCGCGCGAGGCGGGGCUACCGUUCUCGCGGGUGGCGCGCCGACGGAUGCCGCGCUCGUCGUCACCCCCGGCGGCGGCGCGGCGCUCUUCGCGCACGAGACUCUCAGCGAACAGAUGCUCAUGCACGACCCGGCGGCGGGAGGUGGACGCGUCAUGUCGGCCGCGGCAGCACCCUCGGUCGGGGGCUGGCUCAUGUUGACGGAGCUCAUGGGGGUGGUCGCCUACUCCCCGGCGACGGCGGCGGCCGCGGCGACGCCGACUGAGGUUGAGCGGGAGAUGGAGACGGAGGCGCCGCCGCCCUUGGCCGCCGUGGACGUACCCAUCCCUCCAAUCGACGUCGAUCCCGCCGAGGCGGAGGCUGCGGUACGCGCCGAGUUUGCCGCGUACGCGAGUGGCAGCGGCGGGGUUCCCUCCGAGGCUGGGUUCAGGCUUCGCGCGGCGGGCGCGCUCACCAGCUCCCUCGACGCCGCCGCUUCGCCGGAGGUUGUAUGCGCCGCCCCCUUCGCGUCCAACAGCAGGGCCAUCGUCGACGCGCUUCCCAAGCACUGGCCCGGUCCGUCCGGCCCGGGACCCGCGGUGGAGAUGCACCUGGACGAGAAGGCCAGGCGUCACGACAUGUUCCUGCAGUGGCUCGUCGAGGCUGCUGGGGUGUACAACCUCCUCUCCGCGGCGGAGCGAGAACGGAUUUUGGAGCACGGCGAGAUGGUCGCGGCGCUCCUCUGCGUGAGACAGAUCCAUAACGAGGCCGCCGAGGCUGACGAGUUGGAAGGCGGCGUCGGAGAGCAAGUCGGAAAACCGCUCGAGCUGCUUCGCGACGCCGCGGUGGCUGCGGGCGAGGCGCUUCAGUCGUCGGACGCCGCCGUGAAGGGACGACCGGCCGCAGAGGUGUGCUACAGUCGGGCCACGGGAUGUGCCACGGCGCUUCUCCCGGCGCUCGCGGAUGGUAUCGACGCGCACGCCGGCGCCGAAUCGCGGGGGUCGCUGCACGAACGGGCGACGGCACUGGACACGCUCUCCCGGGCUCUGCUCGGAGCUCUCAACGCCGCGGCCGACUACAGGCGCUCCCACGCGCCGCUGUAUCCGCCGUUCGUCUCUUCGGGUUCGACCGCGCCGGCGCCGAGGUGGAACGCGGGCGAGGGCGCGAGACGGGCCCUGCGCGCGGCGGCGGUUGCCGCCGUGCUUCUCAGGGAUGAGGCUGCCCGCGGAGGUGCUCCGGAUCUCGCCGCGCCGCUCGGAUCCAGGCUGCUCGCGGUUGCGACGCCACUGCUGGACGCGUGCGCAGCUGACGUAGCCGCCGCGGAGGCGGGGUCGGAUGCACGCGCCGCUGCACGCGCCGAGUACAUAUCCGCGCGUAACACGGUUCUGCCCGCUCUCAUGGACGCCGCGCGAGAGGGCGGCGGGGGAUCAGGCGGGUUCCACGGCGCUGUCCGUCCCGGCUUUGGGGUCACGAUGGACGCCGUCGCCGCGGUGGCCGAGGCACACUUUGGAUACGAGCAACUCGCGGAGGUGUGCGAGGCGGCGUUGGCGGAAGCCGCCGACGCCGCCGCCGUGGCUUCCGCCACGGCUCGUCUGCAUCACCACAUGCGCACCUUGCGAGGCGCACCCGUGGACGGGGAAGGGACUUUCGCCACUUUUAUGUUUGAACGUUCGAUGUGUCACCCCGGGUGCAGCGGCAGCGUCGGAAGGAGGAUCGCUGAGACGCUCCAGAACACUCCAGAUGAGUUCUACGAUGAGCUCACGGACUGUUUGCGACCCCGGCCGCCGCUCCUGUGGCUGCAUCAGCUGCGUGCCGACGACUACGUCGGGGCGGCAUCCACACUGCGCGGGCUGAGCGGCACCGGAGCCAAGGGAAUUUCCGGCAAGGGAGCAACGCUCGCCGAACGGCGACAGUUCCUCUCGCUCGCGAAGCUCUCGCUCCUCGCCUCUGGUGCGUCGAGCGAGGCUGAUGAGAUUGUGUCGAUUGACGCCGCGCUCAACCUUACCGAGAUCCAAUCCGGGCUCUUGGCGCGGAGGUCCGGCGGCAAGGGGGACGACUCCGCGACACCCUUACCUCCGCUGCGACUGGUGGAGUCGUGCCUCGGCGAGGGCAACGGCGGCGCCGCUGGAAGUGAACCCGAGGACGUGCUCGACGCGUUUUCAGUGUUUGCUUCCGCGGGAGGAGCGUUCAGGGAGGCGAAUAAAACCCUUUUGGAGGCGUGCUGGCGCAGGGCGGCUGCUGAGACAGAUUGGGAGCAGCUCUCGGAGCUUCGCGCCUCCGCGGGUGACAUCAAGUACGUCCGGUCACUCGUGAACACGCCGGUGGCGAGGGCCGCGCGCCGAUGCUACCAGAAGUCCUUCGCGGUUCGCCUCGGACCGCCGUUUGAUGAGGUUCUCACACCGCGAGACGUGCUGAACCUGCUCGAGGGUGCCAUCGGGGGAGGGGACAAGAGCGACGCGGCGCUGGAUCCCAUCAGGGAGGCAAUUGGACUCUAUGCCUUGGUCGAAGGCGACGACGAGGACGUUGUCCCGCGGGACUCGUACGACAUGGACGUUUGA